AUGAACGGCGACUGGCUCAUUAAUGCACUGUCCCAUCCCGACGGCUCUGGUCAUCCCGCCGACGAGUACGCAACCUGGGUCAAGGACGAAAAUGCACUGUCCAAUGCGCUGCAGCAUCUCGAUGGCGUAAACUGGGAGGAUACAGACCUCUGUACCGAAAAGCUCUUCCCGUGCUUCAAGAUCUUCAGAGCGGCGAUCGACUCCUUCCUCGCCCACAUGAUGUUCACCAAGGUGCGGAAGUAUAUUCCCAAGCUGCGCCAUCGCCCAGGCCGAGUACACUGCACGCGCAACUUCAAGGCACGCCGACUGUGGGCACUAUAUGCGACUCGUGCCAGCGGCCCUUGCAAUGCUUCCAACGAGGCCUUACCCUCACCAUCGCCCCUAACGUAG